AUGAGGAGGCAACUUUGCUGGUGGACAGCAAGACUCGCGGAACCUCGGUAGUGUGUUUUGUUACUCACAUGACUUUUCGCUCCGUGCGGUAGGAAUCCACUGUUCAAAAGGAGGGCACUUCACCGUUAGGUCAAUUGAAUCAGAUUCUUAAAAUCCAGACCUCACCAUGCCUCGGUCAUUCCUUGUCAAGAAGUAUUUCUCCAACAAAAAGCCGUACUUCAGGGAAAGUCAACUGGAAAGCCAAACAGCUUUUGUCCCUGAAAGCUUUCCCCGGGCUGAACUUCCGAUGCAGAAUAACAGCUCAGCCCUGACCUGCUACCCCACCAGCCCAUUCUUCAGCAGCACAGACACCUUGCCUGCACCUCUGUCCCCUGUCACUUCGGUGUCCCUGUCCCCCUCUCCGCUUCACCCGCUGGACCUCAGCAGCUCUCCCUCCAGCAGCAGUGGCGAGGAAGAGGAGGAUGGCGGGCGUACCUCUGACCCACCCAGCCCGGAUAUUAUCGGACACAUCUACCACUGCCUUCACUGCAGCAACAGCUAUACCAGCCUCUCUGCACUAUCGCACCAUCAGGUGUCACACCACCCGCACGCCCUUUCUGCUCCCCUGCAGCAGAUGCCUUCCCUACCUAGUGACGUCUCUACACGCCCGGCCUUCCACUGCAAACACUGCCCCAAGGAGUACAACAGCCUUGGAGCACUGAAGAUGCACAUCCGCUCACACACUCUGCCUUGUGUGUGCCCCACCUGUGGCAAGGCCUUCUCCAGACCAUGGCUGCUCAGAGGACACAUUCGCACACACACAGGUGAGCGUCCCUUUGCGUGCCAACAUUGUAACCGGGCCUUUGCUGACCGCUCCAACCUGCGUGCCCACCUGCAGACACACUCUGAAGUGAAGAAGUACCAGUGUGGGUCCUGCUCACGGACCUUCAGCCGCAUGUCCCUGCUGCACAAACACAGCACGACUGGAUGUUGCCCUGCCUCAUAGAGUCACAUUCCUUGAACUACUUCUAUGAGCCAUAUCAAGCCUCUCAUUGGUUCCGAUCCCCACCUGAUCAGAGCCAAAAAACCCAAAGGAACAACACUAGAUGGGACAAAAAAAAACUGGAGAUCUGUUACCAUUUUGUAUAGAAAUUUUGUAUAGACUUAUAGUGCCUUAAAAAUGUCUCUAUAGAUAUAUUGGAUUUUUUUAAGGUCAUAUUGGUGUCAGCAGCACAUUUCCUUACUUCAUCCUGCCGUGUGUGUUUAUGUGUGUGUGGUUUGAGGGCAGCUGGACAUGCAGUUAAUCCCAAGGAAACUCCAUCGGUGCCGGCCGGUCCGGGACUCUGGCCAUGUUGCAGCUGCCUGCAUGUGUGUGUAUGUGGGGAUGUCAUUCCUCGCCAUACAAUACAUACAUGGCAUGUGUGUGUCUGUAUGAGCAAGUGUGUGUUGAGACAGCUGUCUGUGUAUGGGGUGCUGUAGAGGCAGGGUGCUGAGUGAUGCAGCUCUACCCUUGGCAACAGGUGACUCGCCUGAUGCCACAUUCAUUGUGUGUUAACAGUAAAAGACCACUUAAACUUGACCAAAGACACAACAUGCCUCCUCUAAUAAUGAUUUUUACACUCGCAACAAGACAUGUUUUUUUGUGAAACUCAGUUUUUAUGAACGAUUUUUGUUGUUGUUCAUGCAUUUCAAAUGGGAAAUACAGUGCCUGUUUUCUGCCGCUUGUAAAUAAAAGCUUUUUUUAAA